AACAAGGGGUGCGGUCCCGUGCUUGCAUGCUCGCCACCGCCAUGGCCCCGCGCGAUAUGGUGGCGGUGCAUGCUCAUCCGGCCGAAAUGCCCAAAGCUGCCCUGGCCAACACCGGCCCAACAUCUGCUUCUUCUCUGCUCGGCGGCAUCUGUAUCCACCUCUCUCUCGAUCAGCCUCGCUUCCUGUCGACCCGCACAGCCGUCGCCUCUGCACCAUGUCCGGCUUUUCGUUCCUGGGUCUUUGGAUCGCCCUCGCAGCAGUCGUCCUCCCGACAGCGACAGCUCAAAGCUCCUCAGACUGCAUCAAGACGCUUUCCAACUGGGGCAGUCUCCCGACAUCCAUGUGGAGUGUCCAGUCACCCGGGAAAAUCACCUUCGAUAACAACAAUGCCCAGAUUUACCUGCAAAAACCAACCUCUGGCAAAUAUGGCGUCGGCACCGAUCUGCAUAUCCUCCAGCUGUCGCUCUACUUUGGAUCGAUCGAGUGGACUGUCCGCCAGAGCGGAACGCCCUCGAUGAUCACCUACUUGACGCUUCUGAACACCACCACGAUGGACGAGAUCGACAUCGAGCUGUACGGCAACCAGCCCACCACAACCGUGCUUACGUCCAAACCACAUGGCUCCCUCACUUCCGGCGGCCGUAUCUCCGGCACCACAUCAAGCAGCAACGUUGCCAACUUCCACACCUACCGGAUCGACUGGACGCCCUACAACCUCACCUUCUCUGUCGACGGAACUGCUGCAGGCACCAUCAACAAGUUCCAAACAUGGAGCAACUCUUCGGCCAUGUACCAGUACCCAUCGUCGCCUUCGCAGAUCAUCAUGGGCGUCUGGGACGGACAAGUGGAGGGCGAUCUCGAGGCAGGUUCAUUCGAUUGGACCACCAGUCCUCAGCCGAGCUACUCCUCUGAAAUCUCGACUCUCAAGGUGUCGUGCUACACUGGUCCCUUCCCGAGCCAGAUGAAUGCACCUCCGUCCGACCCUCGCUCGCAGGACUCGAACGGCGCCAACCCGAACGGAAAAAGCAUCAUUUCGAGCCCAGUCGGCGGGAGCUCGUACGGAUACUCUUACACCGGCGUCAGCGUCAACCCCAACGACGUGACGCUUGUUGCCGGUGUCAGCGCAGGUGUCGGCGUCUUCCUGAUGGGAAUUGCCGCUACCACACUGUACGUGUUCUACAGUUAUGGGAACAAGAGGCAGCGGUAUAUUGAGCCCACCAAUAUCUGAUCUCUCCGACCUGGAUCUUCCUGUCGAUCUGUCCUCACACCAACGCACCAACAGGAGUCAGAUGCGAAUAUAUCGGCACUCACAAAACCAACAACGGGACCCUGUUACUGAGA